AUGAAGUGCAUACUUGUGUUCACCUGCCUUUCAAUUGCCAUGUGCCUAGCUGCUCCCGCUCCGGAUGCAGAGAUUGUUGACCUGGUGUCCGAUGUCAAUGCCGAUAGCUAUAGCUACAAGUUUGAGACAAGCGACGGCACCAAGCAGGAGCAGCACGGCUCCCUGAAGAGCCUUGGUCCCGAGGAGGAUGUCUUGCAGGUGGCCGGAUCCUUUAGCUUCGUAGGAGACGACGGACAGACGCAUGCCAUCAGUUACGUGGCUGAUGAGAACGGAUUCCAACCCCAGGGCGAGGAUAUUCCCCACCUAUAA